AUGUCACUUGCUAAAUUGUUCAUCGUUUUCGCCGUCAUGAUCACCGCUGUAUACUCGCUACCGCUGUUCAAUAGGCAAUUUAAUGGCCAAGGGACAUUUUACAAUGUUGGGUUGGGUGCGUGCGGCCAGACCAAUUCUGACGACGAAUAUGUUGCUGCUCUCAAUGUAGCACAGUGGGGCAGCCCGCCAAAUCCAAACAAAGCGCCUUUUUGCGGUAAAAAAGCCACCAUUAGUGGUCCUUCAGGCACAGUCACAGUUACAAUAGUAGACCUCUGCAAAAGUUGUAAAAACGGUGAUAUGGAUCUAAGUCCAGCGGCAUUUAGUAAGAUAGCCGACCUGAGCGAAGGCAGACGAAAUAUGUAUUCCAAGCUCCUCUUAUUUUGUAUUGCCAUAACUCUUCUUUUUAGUGGAAGUGCAUCGGUUCCACUCCAGAAGCGAUUAGCUGGCGCGGCCACAUUUUAUGCUGUUGGUCUUGGUGCUUGUGGACAAACCAAUACUCCAGAUCAGUUAAUUGCUGCAGCGGGUGCGGGCCGUUUUGAUAGCACGCCGGGCAUUUGCGGUCUAACAGCGACCAUAACCGGGCCAAAGGGUACAGUUACAGUUACCAUUCUUGACAGGGUAUUUAAUAAUUUUGCCGUAUUCUUGAUUGUUGCAUUCAAAUCAUAG